AGGCGCUCCCACCCGUCCUAGAAAUUAAAGAGCGAAGGUGAAUGCGCAUGCGCGGUUAGGAGGAAACGGCUGAGGUUCAUUUCAUGCUAUGUGUGGUCGACUUCGUACCGAUCAGAGGGAGAGAGCGAGGGACAGAGAGUAAGGAAAAGGGAGUUUAGGAUUAACGCUUUGGGUCAGCCAACUGAACGUGUUGCUUAAACUGCAAGAGGAGAACACGAAACGUCUGUAAUGACAGCAGAGUCAAGUGAAUUAAGUGAAUAAACACAAGCGGCAUUGCGCGGCUGAUAGCAAGAGAGGCAGAUAGAUCCGAGAAGAGAAGAGAGGAAAAAGGGAUAUCCAGUCGGACUAACUAGUUGGGUUGCCCCGAAAGCGUGGACAAGGCUGUAAACCAGAUAAAACAUGGCGGAUGCUGACCUGGACUUCACAACAGGCGAUGCUGGUGCCUCUGCUACCUACCCCAUGCAAUGCUCUGCCCUGCGCAAAAAUGGUUUUGUGGUGCUAAAAGGUCGACCAUGCAAGAUUGUGGAAAUGUCCACAUCUAAGACUGGCAAACAUGGACAUGCCAAGGUUCACAUGGUGGGCAUUGACAUCUUCUCUGGCAAAAAGUAUGAGGAUAUCUGUCCCUCAACCCACAAUAUGGAUGUCCCUAACAUCAAAAGAAUGGACUACCAGCUUAUUGGCAUACAGGAUGGCUACCUGUCUCUGCUCCAGGACAGCGGUGAGGUCAGAGAAGACCUAAAAAUGCCAGAAGGAGACCUGGGCAAAGAGAUAGAAAGCAAGUUUGAUGCCGGUGAGGAAAUCCUGAUCACUGUCCUGUCUGCUAUGAAUGAGGAGGCUGCAGUAGCUAUCAAAGCCAUGGCUAAAUAAAACACAGCAGGUAUAUGGAGCUCUUACAGCUGUGUGCACAUACUCACCUGCUAACUAGGCCCGGAGCGACUGUGCCUGUGCUUGCAGCAAAGCACUUAUUCAAAUGUUUACUUUUACUUUACACAAUGAAACAGACCUUGUAAUAAUAAUAUUAUUAUUAUUAUUAUGAUUGUCAUCUUUGUCUAGAUGCAAUCAAUAAUCAGUCCAGGAUGUUUAAUAAUGUAUAUAAAAGGGUUUUAAACAAGGUUUUAUAAUGGAAGCCCACUUUACAUAGAAUACUUUGCUGUUUGCACACAGGUACUUUUGUGUAACACAGAUGUAGGACUUCUGCAGUGUUUGAUGUAUCUGGUAUGUAAAAGCAGUGACUAAGAUGUAAAUAGAAUUUUCGGAUUUCAUUUUGUAUUUUACUCUACCGGCUAAACGCGCUGUAUUGUAAAAACUUUUUAAGAAGCACUAUAAACAAUUAUGAUACGUGUUAAAAUUACUCAUAUCUGAUGUUCCUCUGAGUUCAUGGGAGAUUCAUUAAGUGAUUGCGUAGUGGCUUAUUGUGCACUUUGACUUUGGGCUUCAAAAUGAAUGGCAGAUAUCCAAGCAAUUAUUUCAGACUCUGUUUAGUAAUGGAGAACCCAAUUAUUUCUGUAGACCGCCUGUCUACAUUUAUAUAGAACCUUUGUUUUGGACAGUCAUAUAUUUUUGAUUGAAGAUUUUUACAAGCUUCCUCCUACUAUUUGUGUGUUGUGGAUAUGGACUUAACUUUAGCUUCAUCUUUUUUUAUUUCUACUUCCUUGCUUAUGUUACUUUCAUCACCCCUUCUUCACUCACUCCUGCCUGUACUUCUUUCUUCC